AUGGCGGUCGAAGACAACACAUUUGAAGCUUUUGAAGCUUUUGCCGCAGAUCUCGACGAUUCUCUUUUCGAAGAGACUCGAGUACGGGUAUUAACAUACGAUAAACAUUACGAAGCCCAACCAACAGACGAUGAUCGAUACCUGAUGCAACCAGAAGAAAUCAAAAACUUGAAGGAGUAUGUUGCUAAACACUUUGCCAUGAAAUUUGGGCCCAGUGGACUCACGAAUGUAGUAAAUCGAUACUAUGCGCUUGGAGACUAUGAAUUCGUAGAGGCUCUCUGUAGUGAAAUCAUUAGGCAAGCAGCAACGUAUUCUCCUGAGGACGCUAGGCAGUCUGGAUUUGGUGUCGAUGAAGUGCUAGAGACUGCUGCUCGAAGCUAUAUAAGUUUGGGAAGAAAGGAUUGGGAGAACAGGAGCUGGUGGAAGCCGUUCUUGGCGUACAAGAGUCCAGGAGUCACACUAUUGAAAGGACGAAUCCAUCGAUCUAGAAUGUGUUACGAGGAAUCAUUACGAGAAUUCAAACUGCACCUCGACGAAAGACCCAAAGAUUACAAGGCUAGGAUAGAAUGUGCUAAAACACUGUUCGAAUCAGAACCAUGUCUUGCCAGUUGGAGUCUUCGAGUAUUCUUACGAGCAAACGAAGCUAGAAUAUAUCGACCAGCUGUUUUAAAGUCAGAGUCAUUUGCAGCACAAUACCGUAAAGCUGAACUGGUUGAUAUACAGGCAUUUGAGAGACAGCUCAGAGAUGCUUGUGGUGGUGUAGAUGAUAAACAACCGCUAGACCCUUUAUUCUUGCGCAAAGUUUAUAGCGAGGAUAUCGCAACUUGGGUUGAAAUGGUGCUGAUACGGCAUGAUAAUCCAGAUGAUGAAGAAGCUGACCAAACUGUAAGAGAUUUGUAA